UAAAAAAAAUUGAAUUUUUACUUUUCACUCAUGAAAAUUUCUGACAUGGGUCCUUGGACCAGAUGUCACAGGUCCAAGCCGCCGGCCCCCAUCCCUCCUCUGUCUAAUGACUGUGGCAUCCGCUUGCUUCGCAGUUCCCAAAGAGGGUCUGAAGAACCAGGCGGCGUUCGAGGAAAUGCGAGUUAAUUACAUCAAGGAGCUCCGGCGCUCCGUGGGGAAGGCAACCAACAACUCGGGCCAGACCUGGCAGCGCUUCUUCCAGCUCACCAAGCUACUGGACGCCAUGCAUGGUCUGGUGGCCAACCUGCUGGACUUCUGCUUCUACACCUUCCGCGAGUCGCGAGCCCUGAAGGUGGCGUUCCCUGACAUGCUGGUGGAGAUCAUCAGCGACCAGAUACCAAAGGUGGAGUCGGGACUCACCCAUACCAUCUACUUCCACAAGAAGUGACGGGGGGCCCCCACCCCCCAAAAAAAUGUAAAAGUCAAACCGAAAAACAUUCACAAACGCUUGGCCGAGAACUUUGGAGAAACGACAAGGGUGGAAAACGUCGCGAGCAGUCGUCGUGCGCCGUCCGGACGUGAUGGAGGAAAACAAAAGACCGGGAUUGUCGGAUCGGAGUCGGGAAUAUAUCCCUCUGCCAUGCCCCCCCCCCCAAACGCCCCCAUAACCCCCCUUGUGCACCCCAAAGACGCUUAACUAUCUUUUCAAUGGAGAUAAAGCCAUACAUUUCCUAGGAUGUGCUAGUGCUACGUUCACACUAACACACCCCACACGACACAGAUGCACUUAAAAAAAAAAAUCCCUAACAAAAAUAUCACUCAAAUUAACUGUGGCUUAUAUGCAGUCUCUCACAUACAUAAAUCAAUAUACGGUAUACAUGCCAAUAGCUAGACAUUUGCUUUGCAACGUAUCUACACCAGGACUACAGGGCAGACAAAAAAAUACAAGUAUCAUUAAAAAAAUAAACACCACGCUUGACUAUAAGGCCAAAGGUCUAGUUAAAUAUUCCAAGGGCUACAUGUAUGAAUAACGGAUGUACAUGCUUCACCAUGAGCUCACUUUCAAAUUCAAUUGGUGUGAUCAAAGUCCAAAAUGAUUCAUACCCGGGUGAAUUUUUACGUGUCGAAUAUGCAGGAGACAACAC